AUGGCGCUCUACGCCCGUGUCGCUCCUCUGGUCGCGUGUCUCUUAUUUGCCUGCGCGUUGGCCGAUGGACACCGUUGGCGACGACAAGCGGAUGACUCCAAGAAAGAGGAAAGCCUGGAACAAGAGCUAUGCAAGGACAAGGACGCGGGCGAAUGGUUCCGGCUGGUAUCCGGCGACGGCGACAACUGUCGCGACGUCAUCCAGUGCACCGCCUCGGGUAUACAAGCUAUCCGUUGUCCAGCCGGUCUAUUCUUCGAUAUUGAGAAGCAAACUUGCGACUGGAAGGAGGCAGUUAAAAACUGCAAAUUGAAGAAUAAGGAACGUAAAGUAAAGCCUCUGCUGUACACUGACGAACCUCUCUGCCAAGAUGGCUUCUUGGCAUGCGGUGACUCCACUUGUAUUGAACGUGGUCUUUUCUGUAACGGUGAAAAAGAUUGUGCUGAUGGAUCAGACGAAAACUCAUGUGAUAUCGACAAUGACCCUAACAGAGCUCCUCCAUGCGAUACUUCUCAGUGUGUGUUACCCGAUUGCUUCUGCUCAGAAGACGGCACCGUAAUUCCAGGAGACUUGCCUGCUAGAGAUGUACCUCAGAUGAUCACUAUAACUUUUGAUGACGCUAUCAACAAUAACAACAUUGAAUUGUACAAAGAAAUAUUCAAUGGAAAACGUAAAAAUCCAAAUGGUUGUGACAUCAAGGCCACAUUCUUUAUUUCACACAAGUACACGAACUACUCAGCCGUGCAAGAAACCCACAGAAAGGGACACGAAAUCGCCGUACACUCAAUCACACACAAUGACGAUGAACGUUUUUGGAGCAACGCCACCGUCGAUGACUGGGGUAAGGAAAUGGCUGGUAUGAGAGUCAUCAUCGAAAAAUUCUCAAACAUUACUGACAACAGUGUAGUAGGUGUCCGUGCCCCAUAUCUCCGCGUUGGAGGCAACAAUCAAUUUACAAUGAUGGAAGAACAAGCUUUCCUUUACGACAGUACUAUCACUGCCCCUCUCUCUAAUCCUCCUUUAUGGCCUUAUACUAUGUACUUCCGCAUGCCCCACCGCUGUCACGGUAACUUACAAAGCUGUCCAACAAGAAGUCAUGCAGUUUGGGAAAUGGUAAUGAAUGAACUUGAUCGCCGUGAAGACCCUAAUAACGACGAAUCAAUACCCGGAUGUGCCAUGGUGGACUCUUGUUCGAACAUUUUAACUGGAGACCAGUUCUACAACUUCCUUAAUCAUAAUUUCGACCGUCACUACGACCAAAAUAGAGCUCCGCUAGGACUUUAUUUCCAUGCAGCUUGGUUAAAAAAUAACCCCGAGUUCUUGGAAGCGUUCUUAUAUUGGAUUGAUGAAAUUCUUCAGACACAUAAUGACGUAUUCUUUGUUACAAUGACUCAAGUUAUCCAAUGGAUACAAAAUCCUCGCACUAUUUCCGAAGCAAAGAACUUUGAGCCAUGGAGAGAAAAGUGUGCUGUUGAAGGCACCCAGGCUUGUUGGGUACCCCACUCAUGCAAGCUCAUAUCAAAGGAGGUUCCCGGCGAAACCAUCAAUUUACAGACAUGUGUCAGGUGCCCAGUCAAUUACCCCUGGCUCAAUGACCCCACGGGCGAUGGUCAUUAU